GCACUUGACAUACGGAUGCUGAGAGCUGAAGUAUGCCGUUUCCAGUUUUCUCUGAAAGGGACUGUGUAUUUAUGAAUAAAUCAACAAGGACUGGCAAGGAGAGUGUGCGUAAAGACAAAUAAAGAAAUAAGGCGACAGGGGAAGAAAGAUUAAAGUAAAAAGAAGAAAGGAAGUCUGGAGGUGGGUAGCUGUAAAGAGAAUGCGAGGAGAAUUUCACACCUGUGAGACCCUAUUCCUGGGUUUACCUGCUUCAGAGGUCUCUUGGGGAGGGGGAGGUGGUCCAGGCAAACUAUUGGAGCUUUUCUAAAGGUAGUAAGGAGCUAAGAAGUAAAGGAAAGGAGAGAAAGAGGGACCAUUCGUGACAGGGAGGAGAGAAAAGCUGUGCUUUGCUUCAGGAGAGCAAGAAGGAAGGAAGCUGAAGAUACGAAACAGAGGGAGUGACAGAAAAAGCAGAAGCAUAGGAGAGCAACGAUCUAGAUUUGUAGCCUCGGGCUGCUGGCAGUUUUCAUUAUGGGAUUACUGCCCACUUCUCUACAAAAGCGGCUAUUCUUUAUCAGUGCCAGCCUUCUUCUUCAAAGCAUUGCAGCCACCUGCUAUCAUGUCGAUGCACAUGUCCACGCAGAGGAGCGUCUGCUUAAGAAACUCUUUGCUGGCUAUAACAAGUUUUCCCGACCUGUUGCUAACAUCUCUGAUGUGGUUCUUGUCCGAUUUGGGCUUUCCAUUGCUCAGCUUAUUGAUGUGGAUGAAAAGAAUCAGAUGAUGACAACAAAUGUUUGGGUUAAACAGGAGUGGCAUGAUUACAAACUGCGCUGGGAUCCCCUGGAGUAUGAUAAUGUGACAUCAAUAAGAAUCCCUUCGGAGCUGAUUUGGAGACCAGAUAUUGUACUUUAUAACAAUGCGGAUGGAGAUUUUGCAAUAACUCAUCUGACCAAAGCUCACCUGUUUCAUGACGGACGCAUCAAAUGGAUGCCACCGGCUAUCUACAAGAGUUCCUGCAAUAUUGAUGUCACUUUCUUCCCAUUUGACCAGCAAGUAUGCAAGAUGAAGUUCGGAUCCUGGACCUAUGAUAAGGCCAAAAUUGACCUGGUGAGCAUGCAUAGCCAUGUUGAUCAGAUGGACUACUGGGAAAGUGGUGAGUGGGUCAUUGUCAAUGCAGUGGGCAACUACAGCAUCAAAAAGUAUGAAUGUUGUCCAGAAAGCUACCCGGACAUUACCUAUUACUUUAUCAUUCGAAGGCUUCCCCUUUUCUACACCAUCAACUUGAUUAUUCCCUGUCUUCUCAUCUCCUGCCUGACGGUUCUUGUCUUCUACCUGCCUUCUGAAUGUGGUGAGAAGAUAACACUUUGCAUCUCAGUGCUACUGUCUCUUACAGUUUUUCUUCUGCUGAUAACCGAAAUUAUUCCCUCCACAUCACUUGUAAUACCUCUGAUUGGUGAGUAUUUGCUCUUUACCAUGAUUUUUGUUACAUUGUCCAUCAUCAUCACAGUCUUUGUACUCAACGUACACCACCGAUCUCCACGAACACAUACUAUGCCAGAUUGGGUAAGGAGGACAUUUCUGGAUAUAAUCCCCAAGUACUUAUUCAUGAAAAGGCCUUCUGUUGUAAAAGACAACUGCAAAAAGCUUAUAGAAUCAAUGCAUAAGAAAGUGAAUUCUCCUGCAUUCUGGUUUGAGGCUCCAUUAGAGACCAAGUUGCCACCACCACCACCAUCUCCUGUUAAUGUCCAGCAAAAUGAAGAAUCAUUACCUGCUUCUCAAGUCUGUACUUACGUGGAGAAUUCCCCCAAAACCCCAACCUUUGGAAAAUCCCCAUCUGGCCAGUACUCUCUUCUGCAUGAAGAACCUCAUCAGGCAAGCAGUUCAUCCCCAAAGGCUACAGAUCAUCCCCUUCAUGAAGACCCAGUACUGAUGGAUUCCAAGGGUGGGUCUGUUAGCUUUCAGCACCCUUUUGGUCCAAGUGAAGGUCCAGACACUACUCCUCGGUGUCGAACUCGUAGCAUUCAACAUUCCUUACUCCAUGAAGACCUGAGUCAAAACGCAGAGCAUGUCAGUACACCAAAGAGGUCACCACUCGGCCAGCAACAACACUGCCAAGUGAAGGACGAACCGCCCACAGCUUCCCCUUCAUGUUGCAAAUGCAGGUGUAAAAAAAAAGCUGAACACCGGAUCUCCUCAUUUCUGCACUCAACAAGUCUUACAAAGGAGCAAAUGCUUUUAUUAUCCCCUUCCAUGAAACUGGCAAUUGAAGGAGUCCACUACAUAGCUGACCACUUGAAAGCAGAAGAUGCAGAUUUCUCUGUGAAGCAGGACUGGAAGUACGUAGGGAUGGUGAUUGACCGAAUUUUCCUCUGGGUGUUCAUCUUGGUCUGCCUACUGGGAACUGUCGGGCUGUUCCUUCCACCUUGGCUAGCAGGGAUGAUCUGACUGCAUUGAAACCUGUCUUAUUUCCCCUUUUAUUAUUUUUCACCUUGAGCAGUGAGAAAGAAAUAGAGAGAGAGAGAGAGAGAACAUCCUUUAAUAAUUUACAGUAUGUCUCUCUUUGCAUGACCGCUUCUUGAGAUGCUUGGAGGCAAGCCUUCAGCAACUCAGGAAAAGAGCUGUAAUAUCUGCCAAGAUUAAAGUGACUUUCAGAAUAUGCACAUUAAGCAAAGCCGUAGAAUGUGAUUUUGUUUUUUAAUGAAAGUUACUAUAAAUUAUGCACCCUAGUCACAUCUGUGAAGAUCUACAAAAGUAAAAGAAAUUACAUAACAUUUAAAAACAAUGAGCCAAAGAAAAAAAGUAGCAUUUUAACCAACAAGUGAUUCUUUUCCUAGUAUUUGUUUUUUAAUGAAAGCAGUCUUAGCAAUAUUUCUACAAUGAACCUUGGGACUAUAUAUAAAUGCAGAAAUUAUAAGAUUGAUUGGAGUCGCUAUAUUUGACCAACAGUUACUAAGAAUCUCUAGCACAACAGUGAAAUGAAAAACCUGAUGCAAUCAGCUUGUAUAAAUGCUGAAACCCCCUGAUAUACACUGAAAGUAUAAAUCAUAUUUUACACAAUACUGUAUUUAUCUAUAUUUCAGUUUGCCUCCCAGAUUUUACUGGACUCUCCUGUAGGGUUAAAGGUAUAAUAAAGUAAACUUCUUUACCUUCCAUAUUGUUGAGGUUGUCUAGCGAAUAAGAGCGGGCCAUUUUUACCUGUUAUGCAUACAUUUAGUAAGUAAUCAGUCCAUUAUGGCUUCAUCAUGCAAAUAAAUCAGUUCCCUUGUCAAGAUUGUGAACGUCUCCCCAGUGAUAGAUUUUUUUUUCUAUAUCCAUUUUCUGGCAACCAUGUAUUUUGUCCAUUGAAUUGUGCACAUUACUUAUUUUUCCUCAUCCCCUGGGCAGGAGCAAUCUGUGGCAUGGCCAUCAUACCAGAAGCCAUGAGGAGGGAUUCUGCUUGAUCCUAACCUCAUCCAGAGUGACUACUUUGGCCAACUUCUUUGCUGCAGGGGCAUCCUGCACAUCCCUCUGUCAUGAGCAUACUCCCACAUAUGUGUCACAUGAGAGCUGCCAUCACCACCUGGGUUAGCCAAGCCCACAUACCCCACUGGUUGUAUCCAAACCUUUGCUUGCAUAGGGACAGGUCAGACACCUAUGAUCAGAAACACUGUUCUACCAAGAUGGAUGGGUUUAAGCCACUCGUCCCCCACCGGCACCCAGUCCUGCCUGGAUCUGCCAGUUCCUGAGCACUACUCAGACUUGGAUCAUUUAGGUUGUAGUCAGGCUUUACACUAUAAUAACACUACAAACAUUUUAGCAUUAUAAUAUAUAUUGUAAUCAGUUAUAGGAAGUGUUACUUUUAUUUUAAUUUUUUAUGUGAACAAGCACAGUUGAACAAAAACAUAACACCAGUAGAAUUUCUUGUGCAAUAGAAAUCAGCAACAAUUUUUCCAGAUUAUGUAAAAUCUGAUCUAAUUUGUGCAGGUAAAAUAAAUGAAUAAUUUUCAUAAGAUGUAUUAAAACUAAUGUGUAUAAGGAAAGAGUGGUCCAGGCUAGUUACAUGUCCUGAUAGCUCAUUUUGACCAGAUGUCCUUCAACCAAAUUAGGGGCAUAGAGGGUGCUAUACUGAUGUGGGUCAGAUUACCCCUGGGAGUAUCACCUUGUAAAAAUACCACUUUUUUCAAGCAAGUAGAGCAUACUGCAUAUUUACCAUUCCUCUGGCCAGUGUUGUCCUGCAGCUAAAGCUUCCAGGAACAUAGGCCAAUGUUUUGUUUGGUUGUAGCCUCUGGAUGAAUGUAAAUGACUUGUUCAGAGUCUAGUCAUAUGCAAACUGAGAGAGAAGGAAUCGAACCUUGGCCUUGACGCUCAUAGCCUUAAUGCUGUACACCACAUCACCAGAUGUAUUAAUUCUCACAAAAGAGUUAAAGAAAAACUUUAGUGACAGAAUUGCACUUCUCCUCUGCAGAUAGAGAGAUAUAUUCUGCACUUCUUGCAGUGGUAGAACUCCACAAGUCCUACAAACUCACAUCAUGUCACUGUGGUUUGCAUGAGAUCUUCCAUGGAAGCCAUUUUUUACUUACCUGUAAAGUUUUCGCCCUCAUUCCCUACAAUGACACGUCAUGAUGGCCAGUGUGGGUAAAUGCAAUGACACAGAGAGGACGCCUGUCUCCCUCUAUCUUGAACACUGAAGUUGUUGUGUCUCAGGCACUUUUGCUAACUUCGUGGUACAUGAAUUAUAUGGGUCACAGAAAGAGGCAUUGAUUUUAUGCUUACAGACUGUCAGUAUGGUUUUGUAGUUCAGUGACAUGAGUAUGUUGCUAGUGUGAGUUUGUAAUUUUAGCACAUUUACUAAAACUCGCUGAAAGCUAAAGCAUCUUAUUUUCUUAGAAUGGAAAACGCUUCACAGCUCAUUUCAACACUUUUGCAUUAUAUGACUGAUAAGAGUUUUUACUAAAUCAAAGCUAUUCCCAGUUUUUCGGAUGAGGAUCAAUUGCCUCAUACUACUAUACAGAAUUGUAUUGAAAUAAUUCUCUGUAAUUUCAGCCUAAACAUUUCAAGUCUCUUGAUCAUUGUAAGUAAACUCUUAAAGCAUAUAAAUAUAUUAUUAACAUAAUGAAGUGUCACAACUAUACCAGGCAUGUAGUCAUCAGACCCUGAAAAUUUGUAGAAUGUGCACAGCAUUACAGAAAUUAGAUUCAGCUUGAGUAACAUUAGGAAGGAUUGUUACAGAUUAAAUUUUAUAGGAUUUUGAUGUUUAAUUUAUUACCUACUGAGUUACUAAGGGAAAGUGUACUGAAAUUAAAUGUGUUUUUAUUUCACUGAUAUAACAGGGCUUAUUAAUGAACCUCAUAUGAAGGAAACAAAAAUCCAGAGAAUCCAAAUAAAAUAAAAUAAAAUAAAGGGUUUUGUUGUUCAAAUAUAUACCUUCUUACUCAUUGGCCUUAAUGUUACUGUUCACCAGGAUUGUCUGUACCACAAUGUUCUCUAAUAUUAUAAGAAUAGUAAUAUAUUCAAGCAAUGCAAAAAUUAAUUUCCUGGCUCUGAUGCAUAUAAGGAUGAAGCCUUGAUUAUGACCCAUUUGAUCUGUGUUUGUUCAGCAUCUGGGACAUUGGAGGAUCUAGGUGGGGCGUGGGGGUGUGAGAGAAUGACUUAUGUUGACUAACCCAUUCUGUGGGAAUGCACAUUGUGGGUCCAUACGACAAAUUGCUCUGGUACAAGUGGACAAUUACAUUACAAUAGUGGUAAUCUGUACAAGUGAGCAAUUGCAUAACAAUAGUGGUAAUAGAACACAGGGAUGUGGAAUUGGUCAUCCAAGCUGGUGAUGUAACCCUCAUAGGCAUGUGUCUGUUGGAAUAUGUACAUGCCAUGGGAGGUCAUAGAAUAUAUUCCUGUGAUGAUUUGGAUGCUCACAUCAGCCAUAUGAGGCAAGGUUAGGGAUCUAGAAACAAAAACUCUGAUGUCUGCCUGUUUGAUGGCUCUCCCACUCGGAAGAAGACAGAGUUAUUAAUUUUAUUCCAAAGAAAUUUUAACAAGUACACAAAUGCAUAGAAAAAUUAGGUAUACAACAAUUAGAACUGAUUAUCUGAGUGCAUGCAUAGAAAUAUAAAAUACUCUGAUGCUGAUUUACAUAAAUUGAUUGUGGCAGGACUAGUUCUGAAGGGAAUGAAACAGCAGCCAUCUUAUAGUAAGACUGACAUAUUUUAUAUCCUGGCAUUGUGAUGAAAACAAGGUUAAAAAGUAUUUAUAAAAAAUGAAUGUGCAUCACACAGUUUUGUGUAUUAUUGGUAUAGUAACCACUGAAAAUGCUUGACAAAUUUAUAAAAUGUGAAUUUUGAAUUAAAAAACUCCAAGUUGGUGGUAACAUCUUUCCACACCUUUUUAUUCUGUGCAUUGUACUGAAGGUCAUAACACAAGUCUACAGAUCUAUAUCUACACUAUGCUGUUUUAUUUAUUAUAUGCAGGUAUGUUAUAUUAUACUAUUAUGAACAUUUAUAAACUUAUCUUGAUAUGGUUAUUCAGAAAAUGAUGUACAAGUUGUAUCCAUCCUUUAAAUUCAGGAAGUCUUACAGCUCCAGUUAUUUACAUAAUUCUGUGGAAUUUCAAAAACUAUGCUAAGCAAACUUGCAAAUUGUCGAAUAGUGGUAGUCUGCAUACUCUGCAGGCUACUGAAACCUAAUUUUUGCUUUCUAUAAAGCAAUGGAUAUUCUCUUAUGGAUCCUGUACACACUGGAUGAUUUUUUAUUUCUUUGUUUUAAUAAUUAGAAUUUGAAUUCAAACAACAUAAAGUGACAUUUUGAAAAAGUUACAGGAAUUCAGCUUAACUGAAACUAAAAAAAAUAUAUAUGCCAUCCUGAAUGAAAAUCUCAAUUUUGUCUAACAGCCUGUAAUUUUGUUGAAGUGAUGUAUGAUAAGGCGCAACCGAUGUUAAGCUCUCAUGUGUUCCAUUGACAGGUCACAAAAUAGGUAUUCCAGUCAUUUCCUGCAAUACUGUUAUUAGAACCAUAUUUCAUCUAGUAAUGACUUUGAUAAAAAAUAACUGUUUCUUUCUUUCUUUUUCUUUUUGUUAUCAAAAAAGCCUGAUGACAGUGAGACUGCCACAAAAAUGAAACAACUAUAUUCUCUGAAAUGGCAGUUUUGGAAUUUAAUUAAGGAAGCAUGAAACCAGUAUUGUGCCUGAAAAUGCUAUGUGCGCAUUUACAAUUAGAAAAUGCACUGAACUUUUCAGUAGGGAAUGUUUUCUGUUUGUAGAGUUCAGAAUAACAGGGUUCUGGGAAGGUUAAGCCUUGUGGUUUCAGGGUCUAGGGCUUUGUAAUGAUGUUUGGUUACAGUCUGCAGGGGGGGUUCGUUUGGUUAUUAUGUUUCCCCUCCCAUCUCCUACAGACAUGACAAUUAAAUGGCUACUGUGAUUGGCUACAUAGUUCACCCUUGACCUUUGGAUGUGGGCCAUGGCAGAGAAUGGUCCACAAUAGAUCAUUUCACUUAGCCAUUUACAAAAUAGUUAUUAUUAUUAUUAUGUUUUUCUUUAUGUGGCUCAUACUGUAAUUUAUAGAAUAACAUGCUUGUAUUUCUUGGUUAAAUCAGAUUAUCUAUUUCUUGUCAAAAAUCCACUUUCAGAUGUGUGCCUGGUGAAAGAAAAUCAUAAAAACAUUAGUUAACAAUGAUGUAAACUAAUCAAUAUUCCAGCAUUAAAACUACUCUGGAUCUCUUUGCUUGUUGAUUGAAGCUAUAGAUAUUUUCUGGAGAAACACAUGGUUAUUAAAGAAAUGUCAAAUGAACUAUUUUUCCCAAGCUUAAAAUUGUUUUGUAUAAAUAGUUGUACAGUGACAAAAAUUAUAAAUUUGUAAUAUACAUAUAUACAUGUAUAUAUAAAUAUAUGUAUAUAAACAAUGCAUUACAAAAAUUCUAUAUAAUAA